AUGACCAAACCCAGUAACGAGUUUGUUGAAUCUCUUCAUGCUCUCUUUCUUGAAGCCAGAUUGAAAGGCCUCAAUCCAGAGACCGAGUUUGUUCACAUGCGCAGCAAAAUCGUCGAGUGUAUCUCAAACCGCAAUCGCACUACCCCAACACGAGCAAACCACCGCUCACUCCAAUUCACAGAUGGCUCAAAGCCCGAAACACGCCUGGUAUCACCUUCAUCUGACAUGGAAAUUAAUGAAAAACGAGCCCAGCUCUAUUCUGCCAACACUGCAUUUGAGUUCAUCGAAGUCUUGAAGGGACGUCACGAGCACAAGUCCAGUCGGAAAGAUUCCAAAAAGAAGACUUCAGGAAAGAAAAGAUCGAUUAGUCCCCCUGAGAGCCCCAAGAGAAGGGUUCAGAAGCGCCUUGAAGCAGCGGCCGCGUCAAAGGCCACAACUGCGACCGAGGACAGUCCCAAGAAGCGCAUCAAGUUUUUCACGAAAGGAGGCGACAAGGAUGCCAACAACUCUCUCGUACCCAAAACUACACAGCAGACAAACACCAACACUGUCGCCAAGCCUACUGCAAAUGAAGAAUCUCCUAUUCAAGCUAAACAAGAGAUGAUGAACCUCAAGGAGGCCAACCCUAGCAGUGGAAAGGCUGCUGAAAUGAAUGGGACAACGAACGCACAACAGGAGUCAAACGAGAAAGGUGUGGACAGCAGCGCAACGUUUCCCAAGCCUUCGAACCCCGAAGAAGACACUCCUAUGGAAGACGCCUCAGUCACCAGCACUGAUAAUCAUCUGCCCCCAUUCUGCCGAUCUGACAUCCUAGACGUUAUUACUGUGGUCAAAGAUGUCACUGCAAACCAAUGGGAUGAAUUCAAGCCAACGCUUCUCGGCAUGCUAGACAAACUGCAAGGAGAUCCAACACCCAAACAAGAGGAAGCAGCCGUGAGACGUCUUCGGUCGGCCAUUGCCUGCAUUGAGCAAGAGAGGUCUUUGAUUCCUAUCGAAGCUUGGGAAAGGUACGAAGGGAAACUCUUCAAGAAAGCAAAAGAUGGAGUUUUUGAUGCCGACUGGAGUACACGACUGUCCAAAAUCAGCAGAAUCAUCUGGCUGGAGGAAGAAUUGGCUGCUAUGAUGAGUAAGGACUGGAAUCGUCUUCGUGCAGCGGCACGAACCUGGGCUAUUCUUGCCGAGGUCGCUGGUCCUAUGAUGGAAGAAGGCGAUGAACAGCGUUCAAACGAAUGGCUGAUUGAGAAGCUUGGGGACAUUGAUUUCAUGGAGAGAUUGUUUGCGUGCAAAGAGCGACUUGCAGCAAUCAAGGCAUGA